GCAUCACAUCGAGUUAUUUAUAGAAUCGACGAAGGUGAGGGUGGGAACGGAAAAGAUUGUCAAAAAUAUUGACAACAUACUUAUCAGAAAUACUAUUUGUACAUGGCAACAAUAUAUGGUCUCCCCGAAAUGCAGGGGGAGGCCCCUGGAACUACCCGGAUCUUGAAAGUGAGAGUAAUAGAAGGAAAAGACCUGGCUAAGAAGGAUAUAUUUGGUGCAAGUGAUCCAUAUGUGAGGAUAAAGCUUUUCAGGGGAGAUAGGGAAGAAGGAGUUAUAUCAACUGUUCAAACAAGGACAAUUAAGAGGACUCUAAACCCCAAAUGGUAUGAGGACUUCCUUUUUAGGGUAAAUCCAAGAGACAACAAGCUACUAUUUGAAGUAUUUGAUGAAAACAGACUGACAAGAGAUGACUUCCUUGGUGUGGUUGAGAUCCCUCUUCAAAGUCUCCCUACAGUCGGACCAGGUCAGGAACUAUUGGAAAAGGGCUUCCUCCUGCGACCAAGGAGUCCCCGGUCGAGGGUACGUGGUAGUCUACGGAUGGCCAUAGGCUUUGUACAUGAGGAAAAUCUUCCAGAUAUGGAGGUCCAGCAAGAAGAUGAAGAGAUCAGCUUACAUCGUGAAUCCCCUCAAAACAUCGGCCUUACUCGGAGAGAUUGGGAGAUGGUAGAAGCGAAUGCAGAGAACGAUGCCUCAUCCAGAGAACAGGGUCAGAGCCGAUCCCAAGGUCCUACCGUUCCUCAGGGAUGGGAGGAGAGAGUAGAUGCCAAUGGGAGAGUCUACUAUGUAGAUCAUAUCAAUAGAAGAACACAGUGGGAGAUGCCUACAGCACCGAGUAGCAGCACCACCCCGACCAGAGCUGGUUCUCAGAACGACCAAGCACGAGCUCAGUUCCUUGCGAGGAGAGUAAUCAGCAUUGAAGAUACCAUAGAAGGUGUUGGUGAUGACGAUACUGGAGCUGCUCCAACACAACCGGCACAACCAGUCAGUGCUCCUCAGGCAGUCCAAGUUGCUGAAGAUGAUCCUCUUGGACCGCUUCCAUCAGGAUGGCAGAUUCAGAUAGCCCCUAAUGGGAAGAAGUUCUACAUUGACCAUAACACCAGAACUACUUCAUGGGAGGAUCCCAGAAGGCAGAGACAGCAAGAUGAACUAGGUCCAUUACCGUCUGGUUGGGAGAUGCGUGUUUAUACUGAUGGACGAGUGUUCUUCGUUGAUCACACAACCCAUUCUACACAGUGGGAAGAUCCCAGAUUGCAGAAUCCAGCUAUUGCAGGACCAGCUGUGCCAUAUUCUAGAGACUACAAGAGGAAAUAUGACUUCUUAAAGAUGCAUCUGAAGAAACCGAACAACAUACCAAACAGAUUUGAGCUGAAAGUUCACAGGAAUAACCUAUUAGAGGACUCCUACCGUGGAAUCAGUAGUAUUAGGAAUGCAGACCUGCUCAAGGCUAGACUAUGGAUAGAAUUCACUGGAGAAACCGGUCUAGAUUAUGGUGGGGUAGCUAGGGAAUGGUUCUUUCUUCUUUCCAAAGAGAUGUUCAAUCCAUAUUAUGGUCUAUUUGAAUAUUCUGCCAUGGACAACUACACGCUGCAAAUCAACCCAGACUCUGGCAUCUGUAACGAGGAUCACAUUUCAUACUUCAAGUUUAUUGGUAGAGUAGCAGGAAUGGCAGUAUUCCAUGGGAAACUUCUAGAUGCAUUCUUCAUUAGACCUUUCUACAAGAUGAUGGCUGGCAAACCAAUUACAUUACAAGACAUGGAGUCGGUGGAUUCUGAGUAUCACAGCUCAUUACAGUGGAUUACAGACAAUGACCCUGUUGACCUUGAUCUCACCUUUGCUGUGGAUGAAGAAAGCUUUGGAACGACCAAAACAACAGAAUUGAAGAGGAAUGGUGCCAAUAUACCACUGACCAAUGAUAACAAGGGAGAGUACAUCCAACUUGUAAUUGAGUGGCGGUUUGUCAACAGGGUUAGAAAACAAAUGGAUGCCUUCAUGGAUGGCUUCACUAGUUUAGUGCCAAGAGAACUGCUCACAAUGUUUGAUGAAAAUGAGAUUGAGCUUCUGCUGAGUGGUCUAGGUGAUAUCAAUGUCAAUGACUGGAGAUCUAAUACAGCAUACAGAGGAAGUUACCAUGCCAACCACAUUGUCAUUCAAUGGUUCUGGAAGGCUGUACUUGCUAUGGGUGCUGAGAUGCGAGCCAGGUUACUUCAGUUUGUCACUGGUACAUCUCGUGUUCCAAUGAAUGGCUUUGCUCACCUCUAUGGUAGCAAUGGACCACAGCUCUUUACUAUUGAGAAGUGGGGCAGUCCCAAUGCACUCCCCAGAGCUCAUACGUGUUUCAACCGUCUAGAUCUGCCAACCUAUGAAUCCUACCACGUCCUCCGCUCCAAGCUACGAACUGCUGUAGAAAAUACUCAAGGUUUCGAGGGUGUCGAUUAAAGCUGCGUGGAUGGGUUCACCCUUCCCAUUUUCUAUGUUUGCAGUGACGUUAAAGUCAUUGAAUAUAUGUAUAUCUAUUAUAUUGUAUAAUUAUGAGUUAGAACUCCCUGCAUAAUUUCCUGUCUGUGACAUAGUCAUUGGAUAUGAUUAUGCAUUCACUAUAUAAAUGUACAUUUCUUUAGCUACUUUGUGUCUUUCAUAAAAGCAAUGAUGAGACUGAGAGUUUUCAAAUAAGUUUCUUCUGAUUUUAUAACUUCUCAGAUGUAGCUUUUCUUCUUGCAAAUGAUUACAUAAUCCAAAUAUUGAACCAUUAUUCAGAAUAUGUUAAAAUCAAUUUUGAUCAAAUGAGAGUGGGAAUGUAUAUCCCCAUUGAGAACCAACAAAAAUACUAGUAGACACUUGUAAUCAGCACCCCAUCAGCAAAUGCAUCAAAGUUUCUCAUCGUGACAUUGAUAGAUGUAUGCAUCACGUGCAUAUUGCCCAUUACAAUUCCAAACGCUCCACUUGCAUUGUACUUAUGAAAGAACAAUGGCUGCCAACUCAGCGGGUGAGUAUUCUUUUUAUGGAACAACAUCCUGCCUGGUGUAAGUUCAAGUCACCUGGGUAGUGUGAGGCGAAUACAGACUAUUGUCUUUCCAAAGGAAAUAAAGGAUGCUUGUACAUGGGUGUAGAUAUAUUGGAGGUCCUAGAGUUCUGACUUGCUGGCUGUGAAAUUAUCAACUUCCCAAUAUUUAUAUUAUAUUGGAUGGCUCAUAAUGGAAUACCAGAAAUAUUCCAAGAGUUUGGGCUAAUAUUAUAUUAUAAUAUGGAUUGCAGAUGAGUAGAACAUUGGCCCUAACGAGUGGAAUAUUUCUGGUAUUCCAUGAAAUAAAGCCAUCCAGUAUAAUAAUUAUCAUCUAUUCCACCCCCCCCCCAAAAAAAGGGAGAAAUUUUAUUGAACAAGCCAUAUCACUUACUACAUUCUGGCAUCAUCACUUCUCUAAGAAUAUAUUUGGUUGUUAACAUGCGACUAACAUGUUGUUCACUAUGACAUCAUUGAGUGUCAUUGUGCUCUAUGCUGCGCAUCGCAUUGCUUUCAUUGUUAUACCCGUUGAAUAUUACACACAUUUGCGCAUGCGUUCUAGACUGUUGAAUACAGUCUCAUAUUCAAUGGCAAAGUUUUGCACAGGAGCCUAUGGGAUAUUCAGUCGGAUUUCUGUCCUUUUGGGGAUAUGCUCUGAUACUGCACGGGCGAUUGAUGCAGACCAAAAUAUGCAUUUUUACUGGAGCAAUACUUCCAGGCUGAAUUCAGAUGUGAUCCAGAAAAUAUUUUGAAAUUUAAAUAUUACCUAUCAGAGAUUACAUGCUGUCAUGUUUUAAGCAAACCUCUGAAAAGCUUGAAUAUCUCAUUACAAUUAAAUUACAUUAUUCAUCUAUCAAUUCAUAUUUCAGCAAGCAUUCAAUCAUGUCUUACAAUGAAAUCUGCCUUGGUCGAGUGAGAGUAUAGGGUACCUGGGAAUAUGACACAUAGGUCAUAAUGAUUGAGAUUCCAAUUAAUGAGGUGUAUUUCAUAUUUGUUUGCCAACCGUCAGUAGUUAUUACUGAUAGAUGUGCAUCUUAUUAUCAUUUAACACUGGUGUAUUACGGCCACCACACACCUUACGAUUGUUUUGCGAUCUGAUUUUGGAACAAAUCGCAUUUUGCUCAUUUUCUGAAAAUGUGAAUGGAACAUAUCAUUUUAUUUGAGGUUAAAAUCAAUUGAAAGAAUUCUAGUAUAACCAUUUUGAAAGAUUGCAAGCGUUUAUUUUGGAGUAAAGGCCAAAUUAGUUUCAAAUCGUAGCCAAUCGUACGACUGCUAUGACGUUGUUACGACUGGAUAUGAAAUUUGCUUUUUUUUAAGAAGGAUGAUAGCAUAGUCACAGAUUAGAACAUAGGUUUUCGUACAAUGAUUUCGAACGUUACAUUUUAUGAUAUUCCAAGUCUCAAUCAAUAUUAGCAUCAAAUUCUACUACGUUUUAUUCCAAAAUUUAGUCGCAGACCAAUCGUAAGGUGUGCGGUCGCCUUUACACUUAGAGUUAUAUUAUACGUGGGCCUUGUAUCAUACAACUUACUGUCAAUGUCAACUGCAGUUUGAUGUCAUUUUUCUACAGCCAAUAAAAAUCAGGUAUUGUGAGUCAGAGCACAAUUAGCCACCAAUUUUACAUGCUGGUUCCAACUUAGUGUAGGUACUGUAUUUACAUGCAAUAGCGGCCACCGUAUUCCAUUGUGGCCACUGUGCAUAUGAAAAAUCAUUCAAUGCAUCAAUUACAUUAUACUCAUUGAGACAUUUGAGUUCUAAAUGCAAACUGAGUUCAUUUUUUUUCUCCUUUGUUUUUGUUUUUUAAAUGCAUCAGUCAAAUAUUGUUAGUAAAGUAGACCACUUAUGAUUAAGUUAUUUCAUUUUGAUUGUCACCCUCAUCACUUGUACUCUCUACAAGAUCUGUAUAAUUUCUGAAAUUUUCAACUGACAUACUUAAACCAAGAAUCCUAUGAAUUAUUCAACAAUUAGAUUGAAUGGAAUAUGCAAUGGUUCUGUGUACACACUGUAUAUAUGAUUGAGAUACGUACUUGUGUACAUUUCAUAUGUAUGUACCAUGUAGAUUUCCUUAUGCUCUGUAGAGAAAUAAAGUAUACAUAGUUUGUAAUAUAUCCAAGAUAAUGUAUUGUGGGUGACAUUAUGUUCCAUCAUUAUAGUGCCUAUGGUGAAUAUUUCUUUUUUCAUUUUCUUAUAGUUGUAUGAUAGUGAUAGGUGUAAUUCUUAAUAUCAUGUAUAGAAUAACAUUUGCAUUGUAUAGAAAUUCAAUAAACAUGCAUUAUGCAAAGCAGCAUUUAUAUACCUUAAUAUGAUAAUGAUAUUUGCGUAUUAAUGUGAAAUUAUGAUUAAUCUUCAUUCUUCAGAGAUCCAUCGUUUAUUUUUUGUCUUAUAGAUAAUACAAUAUUGGUACAUAUGUAUUUUAUAACUAACAUUUAAAAAACUUAAGGAAAAGAACUUAUACAGCCUGUAUCAGAAAUUGCAAAAGAAUAUGUCAAUUAUGUUGAAGUUUUCAUUUGAACAUUAAAUUCAUAUUAAUUGUGAAACCAUACAUUUGUAUACAGUUAAGAUAGCUAGGAUGUAAUUUUGUACAAUUAUUGGCCUUCCUUUUCAAAUUAAAAUAAACAAUACCAUUAACUUUUCUACCAUAUUGUUUAAUUGAAUGUACUCUGAAUUUCACAUUUUGUUCUAUCAGUUGGGCUGUAAUGUAAAAGACACAGUCAAAAUUGUAAGUCUGUACUCACCUAAUAAUGUAUGCAGCAGUGUACUGCUUAAUUGAUCACAAACAUAUCUCGAUGUUGGGAUUUUGACAUACAAAUGACUUUGUCAAAGGCAAAUCUUUUGGGACCACAGAAUCUGUUCCACUUUGAAACUUUUGUAUUUCUUGAAAUAUCAAUUUCAGUUAUAAUUUAAGUAGAUCUGUCUCCAGAAUAGUGUACUAGACCAUUUUAAUGUCUCUUAUUUUGAAUGUAUUUUCUUCCAAUCCAUGAUAUAUAUAUAUACUCAAAUUUAUUAUUUUACAAUUGCUAAAUAUUAUUGUUCAGAAUGAAAAAAAAAUCAUUUGUAAAGCAUCAUAAACUUUAUGUAGGUAAGACUGAUUUUUUAAAGAUAUUUAUUUUUUAUAUUCUGAUAAAAUUUGGUUGCUUUAUUUAGCUUACAUGCCGGCUCCUUCCUUUCUUUCUCUCACUUUCUCCAUCUUUCCUAUUUUUUUUAAAGCUCAUUAUUCCUGGAGUAGAAAUGAGAUUAAUGUUAACUGACCUGAUGUACCCCAGAUAGCAUCACAUUAUUUCAAACCUUCAUUUUCAUUGGGUAUUUCUUAAAGCUGUUCAUAAGAUUGCAAAGAACAGCUGAUAUGGAGAGCCAAAUUGCUUUUAAGGCAUCAGCAAAAUAGAAAUAAACAUAUGCUGAUGAACAUUCUUACAUCAACAUGAAUUUUUGCUGUAAAGUAUUGGGGUAUUUUCAACAUCAAUAUUUGAAAUACAGUGCUACAUGUUUGUAGGUCUAGUAAAUGCUUUAGCACUUCAUAUGUCAACCAUUCAUGAAAAUAUGCAUAAUCUUAUGAACAGCUUUAUAGCUCUAAUCUCUUAAUCCAUCUCAAUAAUAUGUCAAACCUGAACAAAUCCCUUAGAAUACUUCUAUCCUUCCCUCAUCUAUUUCACGCCUCUUUAUUACAAUGCAUGUGUUGAUUUUCUUUGUCCGCUAUUCUACCAUAUAUGUUAAAUUCUGACUGCUCUUUUUAAUUAUGUAGAUUUGAUGUACAUACGCAAGCACUAUACAAAUUUUGAAUGAGAUUCUUGUGUUGACAUUAAUCAUGAUAUUUUCACUGUCCUGGAUAUAAAUAUCAUGUUUCUAUGCUGACAUUUUUAAUACAUCAAUUUUCCAGUGUGGAUUGUAUGUUCAAUGAUUAUGGUAUGUGGCUGCAAAGUAAAUACUUUGUAUUGGGGAAAAGAAUUCUAUAAAAAAUUGAAAUAAGUCUAAUGUAUUGAAUAUGGGAUCAAAACAAAUAAAUGUGAGAUCCAUGAUGUGUGUAAUGAUAUACCGGUAUCUAUUGUUUACUUUAAUGCAAAUAAAAGCAAGAUUACUGUAUUUCAUAAA